CACUUAUUAUGACCACGCUCUAGGGUUCCUUCUCAGCGUCGUCUUCUAGGGUUUGGCCGGGGAGGAGGGGCUUUUGGCGCAGCAAUCUCGCGGCGAAUUCGCUCAUUCCAUCCCCGAAUUCGCAUUCUCAGUUUUUUUCAUGAAUGCUUGAAGGCCAAAGCCUACUGUUCACUGUUCACUGUCUAGAACGGCCUUGAAGCUCUUCCUUUCAUUCUUCUUUUACAUUUUCAUUGCUCUCAAAUGGCCUUAACAGCAAAUUUCUCUCUCUCCAGCCCUUUCUGUUGUCCAGUUUUUACUCCUCUUGAUGCCCUUCGUCUGCGGAUGCUCCCUUCUAUUCCUUGUCCACAGCUCCACUACAAGCUUUUAGGUGAGCAGCUGCUUACUGCUACUGCCGAGGAGCGGGAGUGGACAUGUCGGACGCCUCAGCGUCGCCAGAGGUCCACGACGACGAGAGAAUUGACAUAGACGGGGACGUUGAGCCAGAGGAUGUUAUAGAUGACGAGACCGACGGCAUUGUUGAGGAAGAGAAGGCCGACCAGGAAGGUCUCGACUUGGACAUGAACGAAGACGAGGGUGGCGAAGAUGAGGCCUAUACCACAGAUCACGAAAAUGGGCUGCAAAAUGGAGAGAAUGCAAGCGCUGAUCUGGGAGAGAGCGUUGAUGUGACGAUUCCAGAGGACGAAGUGGAGAAGAAGCCAGAAGAAACGCACAGGGAUAUGAAGGUUGACGACGACGAGGAGACAAAGAGCCUCCUCUCACGUCCUCCCCAUGGCUCGGAAGUUUUUAUCGGAGGUGUCACCCGUGACACGAACGAGGAUGAUCUCCGUGAGCUGUGCAGUCCGUGCGGUGAAAUUUUCGAGGUCCGGAUUCUCAAGGACAAGGAGACUGGAAACAAUAAAGGCUAUGCGUUUGUCACGUAUACAAAUCGCGAGACCGCCGAAAAGGCCAUAGAAACAUUGGCCAAUUCGGAGUUGAAGGGACGAAAGCUACGGUUUUCUCAUUCACAGGCAAAGCACAGACUGUUCAUUGGUAAUAUACCCAAGUCUUGGGAUACUCCUGAACUGGAAAAGAUCUUGGCGGAAGAGGGCCCUGGCGUUGAGGGUGUCGAGCUUUUGAAGGACCCUCGUAAUCCUGGCAAGAAUCGAGGUUUUGCCUUUGUCGAGUACUACAACCAUGCGUGUGCCGAUCACGCCAGAAAAUUAAUGUCGAGGUCAUCGUUUCGUCUUGGAAACAACGUACCCACGGUGAGCUGGGCGGAUCCCCGUACAGGGGCGGAACCUGCUGCCACCUCACAGAUCAAAGUCGUCUACGUUCGCAACCUGCCUGAGGCUGUGACCGAGGAGCAACUGAGAGGCUUGUUCGAGCAUCACGGUGAGAUCACCAAGGUGGUGCUGCCUCAAUCGAAGCCCGGCCAGCCCAAGAGAGAUUUUGGAUUUGUCCAUUUUGCGGACCGCAAUGACGCGCUAAAGGCGAUAGAGAAGACAGAGAAAUACGAGCUAGAAGGUCGUGUUCUAGAAUCGUCUCUCGCAAAGCCUCCCGUCGAGAAGAAGGGGAUGGACCAGCCUCUAGCUCCUCAGAGACUGGGAAUUCUCUCUCAGUUGCAACCCAGAACAGCCGCCUACAGCUAUCCAGUUGACAUCUACAACAACAUAGGAACUGGAGGCGGCUAUGGACAAAACAGAUACAACCAGCCUUUGAUCUAUGGACGCGGGCCUCCUCCCGCUGGUAUGACAAUGGUUCCAAUCCAACUUCCAGAUGGCCGGCUUGGCUAUGUUCUGCAACAACCUGGGAUCCAACAACAGGGAUCACAAUUUGGCCGGGGUGUACUGUCAUCGUCGUAUAGAAGUAGCAGUAACAACGCGGGCUCUGGUGGCAGCAGCUCGAGGCGCUAUCGGCCAUACUGAGUGAGUGACACUUACACAUAUAUGUUUGGGAUCAUCAGCAACAGGAGCUCACUUUUGCUCCAUGGCUGUUCUUCCUUUUCGCUCAUUUCAGGCUUACUAGAUUUCCAGGCCUGAUGCUUGAACAGGUGCGUAGCUAAAAUGUAUUUACGUCUCGUGAGUUUUUCCCAAACCGUUUAAUAAGAAAGUGCUAAAGGUGAAGGAGAAAACUGUUGAUUGUACUUCUGAUGGAUGUUUCACAUCCAAAUGCAAAAACGUCACUUCACCUGUU